UCUACGUCGUUCGCGAACAUUGCGACGGUCGUUCCGGUCCUCCGGACUCCGGUUACGCUUUGAGAAUCUUCUUGACAACGAUGAGCUACUUUAUAAACAAUGACUGGACUAAGGGCCGGUAUCGGGAACUGAAUAUUUCGCGUGUACGUUGUGGAGAUCCAGCUGUACGUUCUGUUCUCUGCUGCACUGUAUUGGGUUUAUGCUCGAUGCUGUUUAUUCUCUCAGUAUGGAGCUCUAAUAUCCAAGUUUCACUUCGCUCCUAUGUAUUCCAUUUUGACAAACAGCAGCCUGUAUUACACAUCGUUUCUGAUAAAUUCUUGUCGUUCGGUCUCGACACGUCCUUACUUCGAAAAAUGGAUGAUUUACCUAUUGGACAACAGAAAUUCAUCAAUUUGGCCCGCCACUUAAGCCCUGCUUUUGUCAGAGUGGGUGGAACCUCUGCGGAUUGUCUGAUAUUUGUUCAGAAUCAGAUGGAACAAAAUUCUUCCGAGAAAAUCCUUAGCCCUGUGGAUGAUCAGGAUAUAAGCAAUUUCACUAUCUCCGGCGCAGAUUUGCUCGCUAUUUACGAUUUUACCGUGAAGUCGGAAUUACGAAUGAUCUUUGAUCUGAAUGUAUUGCUCAGAAAUCCAGAUGGGUCCUGGAAUGACAACAACGCACAAGAAAUUAUCGCAUUCGCUAAGAAUCAAGGCAUGACAUUAGAUUGGCAAUUGGGAAACGAACCAAAUUCCUUCAAGCAUGUAUUCGAUGUGACACUUCCUGCGACCGAACUCGCGAAGGAUUACGACCAUUUGAGGCAAUUGCUAAACGAAGCAGGAUACAUCGAUAGCAUCCUUGUUGGACCAGAAGUUAAUCAUGUCGGAGAAUCUAAUGACAUGGGAGAGCUGUAUGUCAAGGCAUUUUUAAGUAGUCAGAAGAACACAGUGAAUUACGUCACUUGGCAUCAGUAUUAUCUGAAUGGACGAAAUGCUAAAGUCAAUGAUUUCGUAGCACUUUCCACGUUCAACUGGUUACCAGUGCAAAUCCAUUCCAUGAAACAAUUCAUUAUCGAGUCGGGGAAAGAUGUUUCUAUGUGGCUAUCUGAGACUAGCACUGCAUUUGGCGGAGGUGCACCCGGAUUGUCCGAUAGAUUCGUAGCUGGAUUUUUAUGGUUGGAUAAAUUGGGAUAUAGCGCUAGUGCAGGAUUAGACGUCGUUACGAGACAAUCAUUAUUCGGAGGGAAUUAUGCUAUGGUAUCACCGAAUCUCGAACCAAACCCUGACUGGUGGAUCAGCGUCUUCUACAAGCAAUUUGUAUCGGAGAGGGUUUUGAAAUUGUCGAAGUCUAACAAUUUCAGCAGCGUACGAUUGUACGCGCAUUGCACGUCAAAAAAUGCGCUGAUUUCUAGAGUACCGGCUGUCACAAUCUAUGGAAUGAAUAUAGAAAAAACUGCAACUCACAUACAUAUUCCGGAAUUGUUUGUACAAAACAGUAAAACCACGAUUUUAUAUUACUCUCUAAGCGCUGAUCAUUUGCAGUCGAGCGAGAUAAAGCUAAACGGCGAAACUGAGGCACUAAAACUGCAACCGAAUGGUGAUUUGCCACCAUUUCGACCUGUGAUAUUAGAUCCUACGUAUCCCAUAGUAUUACCACCAUAUUCUAUAGUGUUUAUGAUAAUUCAUGGUAUAGAUGUUCCUGCGUGUUCGGCAUAAAUAGUGUUUAAAGAAGAUGACACACAAGUCAAUUUUACAGGAUGUUUAUAUUGUACUUUUCUUAUACAUUAUUAUAUUAAACAUUUAUAUUAUAACUUAUAUUUUUUAUAUUAUAUUUUUUUACAAACUUAUUAACAAGGAAGCUUAUACAGACAUCAGAACCGUUUACAGAAGGCGCGAAGCCAUAGCAGAAAUUUAUUUGUCUAUCGUGUAACAGUUGUCAGUUUACAAUCUGCUUUUUUGUGUGUCAUUUCUAAUAUAAUAAAUAUUACAUUGCCUGUGUAUAAAUAGGCAAUACAUAUAAACGUAGUUGUAUUUUCAUGUGAGUUCAUAUGGCUGUACAAUUUUCUUUUUCUCUAUUAUUACAUAUAAUAUAUUCCUGUGUUUAAAAAACACUUCGUUCGUAUUUUUAUUCAAUAUGAUAUAUGUAUUGUGCUACCUUCAUUUACUCGAAAUAUCUUUUAUCCUUUUUAUAAAGACUGAAUACUAAAAUAAUAGUUCAUAACCAUUUAUCAUACAAACAG